AUGCCGCUCAGUCUACAGAUAACAGACUCUCAUCGCACUGACUCCGGGAAUUACACCUGUACGAUAAUCGCAAACACAGGAAAGAAUAUCACGACAUGGGAGCUUUAUGUAUCAGGUACAUAUUACUGGAUUUAAUAUCACAAUACGGAGCUCCAUGUAUCAGUUACAUUUUACUGGAUUUAAUAUCACAAUAUGGAGCUUCAUUAUUAUUAUUAUUGCCAUUUAUAUAGCGCCAACAGAUUCUGUAGCUCUUUACAAUGUUAUGAGAGGGGGAUUUAACGAUAAAUAGGACAAUUACAAAAAACUUACGGGAACAAUAGGUUGGAGAGGACCCUGCUCAAACAAGCUUACAUUCUAUAGGAGGUGGGGUAUAAGACACGUUAGGACAGGAAAUAGAAAUCAAAUAAGGUGGACUGCUCUUUAGGAGAGAGCAAGAGACAGAUAUGUGAGGUAGAGGUUAAUCUGGGAGGCCAUAAGCUCUCCUAAAAAGAUGGGUUUAAGGCACUUCUUAAAGGAUGCAAAACUAGGGGAGAGUCUGAUGAUGGUAGGCAGGCUAUUCCAUAGGAAGGGAGCCGCCCGUGAGAAGCCCUGCAAGUGUGAGUUGGCCGUACGGGUGCAAACAAUGGACAGGAGGUGGUCACGGGCAGAGCGGAGGGACUGAGAAAUGUCUUACCUAUGGAUCUGUGAAGAGAUAUAAGAGGGGCUAGAGUUGUUCAGUGCUUUAUAGGUGUGAAUUAGUACCUUGAAUUGUUUUCUAUAGGAUACAGGAAGCCAAUGUAAGGCCUGACAGAGGGGUGAGGUGUGAGAGAACCGACUAGAGAGGAAAAUCAGUCUGGCAGCAGUGUUCAUUAUGGACUGUAGCGGUGCAGUACGGCUUUUGGGAAGACCAAUCAGGAGAGGGUUACAGUAAUCCAGAUGGGAAAUCCCUAGAGCAUGGACAAGCUCCUUGGUAGCAUCUUGCGAACAAAAGGGGCGGAUGCGGGCUAUGUUUUUAAGAUGGAAUCUACAGGAUUUGGCAACAUAUUGGAUGUGAGGCUCAAAGGUGAGGCCAGAAUCAAGUAUGACGCCAAGACAGCGCGCUUGCAAGGAUGGACUGAUGUGGGUACCACAAACUUGAAGGGAGAGCGAAAGAGGAGGAUCAGUAUUAGGAGGAAGAAAUACAAGGAGCUCAGUUUUAGAGAGAUUGAGUUUCAGAAAGCGGGAGGACAUCCAUUCAGAGAUGGCAAGAAAGGCAAGCAGUGACACGUUGCAGGACGGCAGGGGAGAGGUCUGGGAAGGAGAGAUAUAUCUGGGUGUCAUCAGCAUACAGGUGGUAGUGGAAUCCAAAAGAGGCAAUUAGUUUGCCAAGAGAGGCAGUAUAGAGAGAAAAUAGAAGGGGACCAAGUACAGAGCCUUGGGGGACUCCAACCGAGACAGGAUGAGGGGAGGAGGUAUCAUUAGAAAAGGAGACACUGAAUGAGCAUUGGGAGAGAUAAGAGGAAAACCACGAGAGGACAGAGUCACAGAGAUCGAGUGAUUGAAGGAGAGCAUGAUCAACGGUGCAAAGGCAGCAGAAAGUUCAAGAAGAAUUAGUGUGGAGUAGUGGCCUUUGGAUUUAGCUGCGAUUAGGUCGUUAGUAACUUUGAUAAGUGCAGUCUCAGCAGAGUGGAUAGGGCGGAAGCCAGAUUGUAUCAGGUACAUUUUACUGGUUUUAAUAUCACAAUACGGAGCUCCAUGUAUCAGGUACAUUUUACAGGAUUUAAUAUCACAAUACGAAGCUCCAUGUAUCAGGUACAUUUUACUGGAUUUAAUAUUACAAUAUGGAGCUCCAUGUACCGGGUACUGAGAAUAUAAAUGACUGAUGUGAGUUAUCUUAUUUUUUAUGAUUGUAUAUCUGCGUAUAACAGGUGAAAUUUUAUACCCAGGGAAUCAAUGUUGUCAGUGGUCACACAAUGUACCCUGAUACCCAUCAGAUAACAGGUCACACAAUGUACCCUGAUACCCAUCAGAUCACAGGUCACAGAAUGUACACAGAUACCCAUCAGAUCACAGGUCACACAAUAUACCCUGAUACCCAUCAGAUAACAGGUCACACAAUAUACCCUGAUACCCAUCAGAUAACAGGUCACAGAAUGUACCCUGAUACCCAUCAGAUAACAGGUCACAGAAUGUACCCUGAUACCCAUCAGAUCACAGGUCACACAAUGUACCCUGAUACCCAUCAGAUCACAAGUCACAGAAUGUACACAGAUACCCAUCAGAUCACAGGUCACACAAUAUACUUUGAUACCCAUCAGAUAACAGGUCACACAAUAUACCCUGAUACCCAUCAGAUAACAGGUCACAGAAUGUACCCUGAUACCCAUCAGAUCACAGGUCACACAAUGUACCCAGAUACCCAUCAGAUCACAGGUCACACAAUGUACCCAGAUACCCAUCAGAUCACAGAUCACACAGUGUACCCAGAUACCCAUCAGAUCACAGGUCACAGAAUGUAA